AUGGCUUCCAAACCAGGAAUUCUCACCGAAUGGCCAUGGAAGCCUCUGGGGAGCUUCAAGUACAUGAUUUUAGCCCCGUGGGCGAUUCAUGGCACGUACCAGUUCAUUUCAAAAGGGGCAGGCGAAAGGGACUCCAGCUACUUCCUCGUACUCCCUUUUCUGCUGGCAAGAUUGCUUCACAAUCAGAUCUGGAUCUCGUACUCUCGCCAUAGGACAGCUAAAGGCAACAACCGGAUCGUCGACAGGGGCAUCGAGUUCGAGCAGGUGGAUCGAGAAAGCAACUGGGACGACCAGAUCUUACUCAGUGGGAUUCUAUUUUACGUGAGUCACAUGAUAAUCCCUCAAGCCUCUCACUUGCCACUUUGGAGGACAGACGGCGUGAUCAUUACUGUCCUGAUUCAUGCCUCAGUCGUGGAAUUCCUCUACUACUGGCUUCACCGAGCUCUCCACCACCAUUUUCUCUACUCUCGCUAUCACUCUCACCACCACUCCUCCAUUGUCACGGAGCCCAUCUCAUCUGUAAUUCAUCCAUUCGCGGAACACAUGGCGUAUUUUAUGCUAUUCGCAAUACCCAUGUUCACAACACUGUUCGUGAGAACUGCUUCAAUGGUGUCCCUCACUGGCUACAUCUUGUGCAUUGAUUUCAUGAACAACUUGGGUCACUGCAAUUUCGAGCUGAUCCCCUAUUGGCUCUUCACCAUCUUUCCUCCCCUCAAAUGCUUAAUGUACACUCCAUCGUACCAUUCAUUGCACCACACCCAAUUCCGAACAAAUUACAGCCUUUUCAUGCCACUCUAUGAUUAUAUAUACGGAACAGUGGACCAAGCAUUGGACAGCACAUACGAGACAUCCCUUCGAAGAGAGGAAGAUUCGCCAGACGUGGUGCAUCUGACGCACUUGACAACACCAGAGUCCAUCUAUCAUCUUCGAUUGGGAUUCGCAUCCCUCGCGUCUCAUCCCCACUCGCCCAAGUGGUAUAUGUGGAUCAUGUGGCCUCUCACGCUCGCAUCCGUGGUGUGGACCUGGAUCUACGGCCACUCUUUCAUCUUGGAGAGGAACGCCUUCAAGAAACUCAAGUUGCAAUCUUGGGUGAUUCCAAGAUACAAUUUCCAAUAUCUAUUACAAUGGAGAAGAGAAGCCAUUAAUGCCUUGAUAGAGGAAGCUAUACUGGAUGCUAACAAAAAAGGAGUCAAGGUUCUGACCUUGGGCCUUCUCAAUCAGGGAGAGGAAUUGAAUACGAAUGGUGAAUUGUACAUUCAAAAGCACAAAGAUUUGAGGACCAAGUUGGUGGAUGGAAGUAGCUUGGCCGUGGCAGUUGUGCUCCACAGCAUUCCCAAGGGGACUGGCCAAGUUCUCCUCAAAGGCAACCUUAACAAGCUUUCUUAUGCCAUUGCCCAUGCGUUAUGUGCAAGGGAUAUCCAGGUAAACGUAGCUUCUAAGGAUGAGCAUGAGAAGCUCAAAAGGAGUCUCAAUGGAAAGUACAGAGGCAAUUUGAUCCUUUCGAGAACUUUUUCUCAAGAGAUAUGGUUGGUAGGAGAUGGAAUUGCCGAAGAAGAACAGAAAAAGGCACCCAAAGGAACGUUGUUCAUACCCUUUUCUCAAUUCCCUCCGAAGCAAAUCCGCAAAGAUUGCCUUUACCACAGCACUCCGGCGAUGACCAUUCCCCGGUCGUUUGAUAAUUUGCACUCUUGUGAGAAUUGGUUGCCGAGAAGGGUGAUGAGCGCUUGGCGAGUAGCAGGGAUAGUGCAUGCAUUAGAAGGAUGGAACGUGAACGAGUGUGGAAUCAAGAUGUUUGACAUAGAGAAAGCAUGGGAAGCAAGCCUCCAGCACGGGUUCCGUCCGCUGGCGCUCCCACCCAUGUGA